AAAAUUGUCGCAUGCGCGAAAAAAAAUAAUGGUGCAGCAAUAGGAACGCGUGAUUAUAAAGUUUUUCAAUUUGAAAAGUUUUGAUUCUCAAGAGAGCAAAGAAAAUUUCAAAAUGUGUCCACGAAAGAAACGGUUUCUUCUUAUCAGCUAGAAUUAUCAGUCACUUCAUAUCCUGUAGAUAUUCGCUCAUGUUAUAUCGCAUUUCCAGAAAAAUGUGCUAGGUUAUGUUUACGUGUUUAUGUAAAGGUUAGAAGAAAUAGUUAUGUUAGCCACAAGAGAUGUAAUUUUAAUCUGAUCACAAUUACUAGUUUUGUGUAACGAUACAAAAAUAAAAUCAAAUUAUGGGUUGAGUCGUUUAGAAUAAUUGAUAUAUAUGUAUAUAUGAAUAUAAUUUAUAUAGUAUAAAUAUAUAGUUUAUCAAGAUGAAUGGGAUUAUUCCUGAAAUGGAACAAAUCAUUAGUCAGCUGGAAAGGGGUACUGUAGUGACCAAAUUUUUUUGUAGAAAAAGACCAGAAAAGAAAACUCUUAUGAUAAGAAGAGAAACUAGACAAAUAGUUUGGUCACGAAGUGCAACAUUUAGACCUUUUGAUGGGUCUGUGGAAAUUAGAGAAGUUAAAGAACUUAGGAUAGGAAAACAAUCGAAAGACUUUGAAAAAUGGCCUGAAGAUGCUAAAAGAAUUGAAAAUUUAAGAUGUUUUGUUGUGUAUUAUGGAUCGGAAUUUAGACUGAAAUCUCUUUCCAUAUCUGCUCUUAGUGAGAAAGAAUGUGAGUUAUGGGUUAAAGGAUUACGUCACUUAGUACAAGAUACUAUAAAUGCACCAUAUCCAUUACAAGUUGAAAGAUGGCUCAGAAAAGAGUUCUAUGCAAUGGAAAAUUCUCGUGAAACGGUUACACUAAAGGAUGUAAAAGCAUUUUUGCCUAGAGUUAAUUGUAAAAUUGCCACAAAUAGACUCAGGGAAUUGUUUCAAGAAGUAGAUACAAGAAAUCGAAAUGAGCUCGGUUUUGAUGAUUUUGUUAUCUUGUAUCAUAAGUUAAUGUUUGAUCAAAAUAAUCUUGCAGAUUGGCAUAAACUAUUAAAUUAUUCCAAAACUGGAGAAACAGUCACGCUUCAGGAGUUUCAGAACUUUCUAAUAACCGAACAACAAGACAGCUUAGGGAAAAAUGACUUAGAAGUAUCACGUUUCAUUAGAGAAUAUUUGCAAGAUCCUCAAAGAGAUAUACAAGAACCAUAUUUUACUUUCUCGGAAUUUAUAGAUUUUUUAUUUUCCAAACAAAAUGAUAUUUGGAAUCAAAAAUUUAAUCAAGUUACUCAAGACAUGACUCGCCCUCUUGCACAUUAUUGGAUAGCAUCAUCGCAUAAUACAUACUUAAUGGGAGAUCAGAUUAGUAGCGAAAGCAGUUGUCAGGCCUAUGUACGCGCACUGAGAGCAGGGUGUAGAUGUAUAGAGCUUGAUUGUUGGGAUGGUCCGGAUGGAAUGCCAUUUAUAUUUCACGGACACACUCUCACUACUAAAAUAAAAUUUUUAGAUGUUAUUAAAACUAUUAAGGAACAUGCUUUUAGUACAUCUGAGUAUCCUGUUAUUUUGUCUAUUGAGGAUAAUUGUACUUUACCGCAACAACGUAAAAUGGCAACAACUAUGCAAGAAGUGUUUGGUGACAUGCUGUUAGUGCAGCCUGUUGACAAAAACGAAACCUGUUUACCUUCUCCUUAUGUAUUACGUAGAAAAAUUUUGCUAAAACACAAGAAGCUUCCUGAUGGUGUCGAUGAAUCUUCGUUUCUUGUUCGAAAUGACGAAAGCAGACAAGAGAUGGAUCUUAGAAAUACCGUGAAAAAUGGGAUUCUUUACUUAGAAGAUCCUGUCGAUAGAGAGUGGAAUCCUCAUUUCUUUGUACUGACACAACAGAAGUUAUUUUAUACAGAUACGUUUUCAAGAUCACAAGAAACGGAACAUGACGACGACGAAGAAAGCAGUGUUCGAAGAACGUCGGAUGGUGCGCCAAAUGAUGAGCUACAUUUUGGGGAAAAAUGGUUUCAUGGAAAAUUAGCAAGAGGAAGAGAGGAAGCCGAAGAAUUAUUACGACGUUAUUCGUAUCUCGGAGACGGUACUUUUCUAGUGCGACAGUGUGUCACAUUCGUAGGUGAUUAUUGUUUAUCAUUUUGGCGCAAAGGGAAAGUGAAUCAUUGUCGUAUUAAACUGAAACAAGAAAUGGGCCAGACGCAAUAUUAUCUUAUCGAUACUAAUUGUUUUGACAGUCUGUAUAGUUUAAUUACUCAUUACCGUAAUCAUCCACUUAGGAGCCAAGAAUUUUUAAUUACUUUACAAGAGCCAGUGCCUCAACCGAACAAACACGAGGAAAAAGAAUGGUGGCAUCCCGACUGUACUCGUAUUGCGGCAGAAGAGAUGCUGAAACGUAUACCUACAGACGGUGCAUUCCUAGUGAGACCUAGCGAAAGAGAAAGUAAUUGUUACGCAAUUUCAUUUAGAGCAGAAAAACAGAUAAAACAUUGCAAAAUAAAACUUGAAGGAAGGCUUUUUACCAUGGGAACUGUACAGUUCGAGAGUUUAGUUGAAUUAGUAAAUUAUUACGAACGGCAUCCAUUGUACAAAAAAAUUAAAUUAAGCCAUCCUGUUAAUCAAGAUGUUAUUAGAAGAAUAGGACUGGAUAACGAUGAUGGAUCUGUUUAUGCUAUGCCGGGUUAUAUGGAUCCUACAAGUUUCACAUCAAAAGUUACGGUUAAGGCUAUUUAUGAUUAUAAAGCUAGAAGAGACGACGAAUUAACAUUAGUAAAACAUGCUAUAAUUACUAAUGUUAAUCAACAAAGUGGAGGAUGGUGGAGAGGUGAUUAUGGUGGUAAAAAACAACAUUGGUUUCCUGCCAAUUAUGUAGAACAAAUUAAUCAACAAGAAAAUCAAGGAGAUUCAACAGAUUCUAUGAUGCUCGGCAGUCUGCAGAAAGGUUCAUUGGAUAUCAUGGGUGCUGUGGUAGAAUUAACGGUUGGAGAAAGGGCGGGUUUAGAAUGGAUUUUAAGAAUACAAAAUCCUAGUAUGUGUUCAGUAUUUGAAGUUGCGACGCCAUCAAAAGAUACUGCGUUAGAAUGGAUGUCAAGUAUCAAAGAGACCGCACAAAAUGCAAGCGUUAGGGAAAGUCAACAUAAAGAAAUGGAAAGAGCAUGGAGAAUAGCUAAGGAAAUGUCCAAUCUUAUAGUAUACUGUAGAUCAGUCGCAUUUAACAUAGAACGAAUAAGAGCUAAGGGAUUUACGUUCAACGAAAUGAGCAGUUUUCCUGAAACAAAGGCUGAAAAGUUGAUGUGUCAACAAGAGACUAAGUUUUUUCUAAAAUAUCAUCAGAUUCAAUUUAGUAGAGUUUAUCCAAAAGGACAGCGCUUUGAUUCAUCCAAUUAUAGUCCUAUACCAAUGUGGAAUUCCGGUUGUCAGAUGGUGGCUUUAAAUUAUCAAACUGGAGAUAAAUCGAUGCAAUUAAAUCAAGCUAAAUUUAAAGAAAAUGGCAACUGUGGUUAUCUCUUGAAACCAGAUAUUAUGUUCAGACACAACUUUAAUCCGUAUGAUAAAAGUACAUUGUAUGGUGUUGAAUCGCUUAAAAUUAAUUUAAAAAUUAUCGGAGCAAGACAUUUAAUGAGAUCGGGAAGGGGUAUGGCCAGUCCGUCUGUCGAAGUUGAGAUCGUAGGUGCAGACUACGAUUCUGGAACAAAAUUAACAACAAGAACAAUAUCUGACAAUGGGUUUAAUCCUAUGUGGAAUGAAACAUGUGAAUUUGAGAUAUUCAAUCCAUAUUUUGCUCUUAUACGAUUUUUAGUGCAAGAUGAAGACAUGUUUGGCGAUACUAAUUUUAUAGGACAAGCUACUUACCCGGUGCGUUGUUUGAGAUCGGGAUAUAGAAGUGUUCCAUUAAAAAACAUAUAUAGUGAAGAUCUUGAGCUUGCCUCUUUAUUAGUACAUAUAACUUUAUCGGUAAUAAAAAAUUGCACUUGUUGCACUGAUAUGUAAAACUUAACAUCUAUAUAUAAUUUCAUCUUAUGUAUAAAAAGUAAGAAGUUUUCAAUAGGUAUAAAAUAAAUCAACAUGAGAAUUUUGCGUUAUAUUGGAUAUAUUGGCCAAUUAUAAUUCAGAUUCAAAAGGGUAAGUUAUGUGUGUGUAAAUAAAAUAGGAUUUAUAUGUGCAAGAAUUUACUGAUAAUUUUUACUUUCACGUUCAUUACAGAUAACACAAACUAUCUUGAUUGAUAUACACAUAUCGCAAUGUAGUUUAUGAUAAUAUGUAUACGUAUGUUUAAAAUUAACAGACCGUAGAAGACUGUACAUAUUCAUAUUGAAAUUUAUAUACAUACGCGAAUUACUAGAUCGAUCUAUUCUUCAUCUUGUUUUACAUAUGAGAGACACGAAUUUUAAUAAUUUAUAUAUUUCGUAACAUGCGUUGUUAAGUAUCCGAGACAUAUUGCAUAUCAUAACGACUGAAAUAAUAUUUUAUCUUCCCUUUAAUAAUUAGUUCAUCAAAUUAUUGUUUUAUACUUGUUACUAUUUGUUUAACUAUCUAGAAAAAAAGAGUAACUCUUUCUGUGUGUCGAAAAAAAUGUUCAAUAUAAUUUAGAAGAAAAGUCUAUAAUAAUGUGUGGCGCAAAGACGUUACAACUAGCGUAAUAAAUUGUACGCAUAAUAAACAAGUGAUACAUUUAAUAGAAAAUGCAGAAUGUGGUGCCCGUAUAUAAAUAGUAGUGUGCAAUAAUAGCAAAUGGUUCAUCGUAAUGCUUGCGUAUAAUCUGUGGUUGUUAAUAAUAUACUACAAUAUAGUAACAGAUUUAUGCAAAACAAUUGAAAAACUAGUGGUUAACAAACAAAAAUGAACAUAUUCCAAAACUUUAAAAAUCUCUAAAAUUAAAAUAUACGAAAUAUCUAUUUUUUCUAGUCCAAAGUAGAUGUACGUAUGUAUCAAUAUGUAUGUCAAUAUAUUUCUUAAUUACGUGAUAAGCAAAUAUUUAAUUUUACUAUUAUUAUUAUUCUAUUGUGGAACUUUUUGGCAGAGAAAUAUCUGAAUAAUUAUGCGUACAUACGUAUGUGUAUUCUAUUUUGUUAUAAAUUUACAAUAUUUACCGGUAUACAUCUUUUAUUAUCCAAUUGUACUAUAUAUGUUUUACUAUCUUUUAAUAUCCAAUUGUACUGUACAUGUUGUACUAUCUGAUUUUCUUGAGUGUACACACAAUAUAUUUUUAUCUUUGUAUACACAAAAGGUAUUUUGAAUAGACUUGAAAAAUAUAUCGUGCCUAUACGUAUAUCACAUAUGUGCCGUGAACAAAUGCAAUUAGAUUUCUUUAUUAAGAAGAAAUGUAAAUUAUACGUAGUAAAUUCUUGUUGCAAACACUGCUAAAUAUAUAUAACAAUUUCAUUAAAAAACAUUCUGCAUACAUAUAAAAUCGGUAGUAAACGAUUAAUAAAAACAAGAAGAACAUGUAUGUAGAUAUUAAUAUUUCAUU